GGGCCGGCGCGGCGCGCAGCGGAGCCGAGCGGAGCGGGGGGCCGGGGCGGAGGAUGGCGGGGGCCACCACCAUCGAGGCGGUGAAGCGCAAGAUCCAGGUGCUGCAGCAGCAGGCGGACGAUGCCGAGGAGCGGGCCGACCGCCUGCAGCGGGAGGUGGAGGCCGAGCGCCGCAACCGCGAGCAGGCUGAGGCAGAAGUGGCAUCUUUGAAUCGCCGUAUCCAGCUGGUAGAGGAGGAGUUAGACCGAGCCCAGGAGCGCCUUGCCACAGCUCUGCAGAAGCUGGAAGAGGCAGAGAAGGCUGCAGAUGAAAGUGAAAGAGGCAUGAAAGUCAUUGAAAACAGAGCUCUGAAGGAUGAGGAGAAGAUGGAACUGCAGGAGAUCCAGCUCAAGGAAGCCAAGCACAUUGCAGAGGAGGCGGACAGGAAGUAUGAGGAGGUUGCUCGGAAACUGGUGAUCAUAGAAGGAGAUCUGGAGCGUACUGAAGAGAGAGCUGAGCUUGCAGAGUCUCGUUGCCGGGAGCUGCAGGAGCAGAUCAGAGUGAUGGACCAGAACUUGAAGUGUCUGUCUGUUGCCGAAGAAAAGUACUCUCAAAAAGAGGAUAAAUAUGAAGAAGAGAUCAAGAUCCUGACUGAUAAACUCAAAGAGGCGGAGACCCGUGCUGAAUUCGCUGAACGGUCUGUAGCCAAGCUGGAGAAGACCAUUGAUGAUUUGGAAGAUGAGCUCUAUGCCCAGAAACUGAAGUACAAAGCAAUUAGUGAGGAACUGGACCACGCCCUGAAUGACAUGACUUCCAUAUAAACUGAAAUCCACCAAAGAGGAACAUCUCUGCACACAAAGAAUGCUGGACCAGACCCUGCUAGACCUGAACGAGAUGUAAUGGAUCCCUGCCACUGCCUCUGCCACACGAUGCCUGGGGGGGCCAGCCCAGCUGCUGCUGACCUCUAACCCUUGGGGACCAGAGUUUACUUUCUGUUGCCAACUUGACCAAACACAAAUCUUUUGCCUCGGGGUUAAAGGCCAUCAGGUUGGGCAGAGCUUCAAACAGCGUUAUUAAGGGAAAUAAACAAUGCAAUAAUGUUUGGGGAGCAUGUUUGAGAUGUAUACAUUUUGUAACUACCUUUUUUUUUGUAGCAACCAUUGUAAACAUUCCAAAUAACUUGUGAGGCUGGUGAGCUACACUUCAACGCUCUUGGCUUUAAAAUUUGGUAGUAACCUUCUGUUAAUCAGCUCUGGGUCACCCUGCUUUGGCAGGGGAGGAAAGAGGGUGGGAUGGUUCCUAGCGGUGGGCCACUGACUUAGAGUAGCGGGGCUAGGGAUGGGAGCCUGCUGGGAAAACUUCCUUUCCAGGAGCUGUUUGUCAAAAGAGCAGUUGUUUCUCAGCUUUAAGGUAACUCUGUGUUGUGGAGAAGCAACUUGGGCAAAAGAUUUUCUUUUUCUGUUUUUAAAGCCAAGCCUGUUAUCUGAACAAUUGAACCUUCACAGGGGUUGUGUCCCAUCUUCCCCACCGCUGCCAGUGGCUGCUUCCUUUCCUGUUAGGCUUAGAGAAGCCAUGGCCCCUCUAACCUAUUGCUACACAGGGGUUGAAUUUUUCUUCACUAAGUGCUGAUGCACCAAGCUUUAUCACUUGUUGCUGGGUUACACUUAACAGCUUAAGUACAACAGCCUUGUUUUCUUGGAAGUUUUUUUUUUUCGCCUACCCUGAGGGAGGGAACCGAGGCCUUCCCUCCUGGCCAGGAGUGCUCUUAGUGUCUUAAGGUACAAGCCAUCUUGCUGUGCACUGCUGACGUGUAGUUGUUGUGAGGCGUGAGUGUGGAGACGUGUCAAGCUUGCGGCGUGUAGCUUGUGGUUUGAGCAUGCUGCUUGGUCGUAGCAGUUUUAGGGGCCAACCUAGAGGAAAAAAACCCUACCAAGUGUUUUGAUACUAUAUUGAAAAAUUGUCUUACUGUCUUUUGAAAUAAAAACAACUUCCCCCCA